AUGGCGAAGAGGAUCCUCGUCACCGGCGCAACUGGGAAUCAAGGCGGCUCCGUAGCCAAGCUCCUCCUACAAUACCCAACGCAGUACAGAGUGCGCGUCCUGACGCGGAAUCCGGACUCUGAUGCUGCGAAGCAGCUGGCCAGCCGGGGCGCCGAAGUCGUCAAGGGGGAUCUGACGGAUGCGUCGACGCUGGACGCUGCAUUUGAGGGGUGCUGGGGCGCGUUUGUUGUGACGAAUUUUUAUGAUGCGACAAUCAAAGACGAUCCCGCAAGUGAAGAACACCAAGGCCGUAACGCCGCGCUGGCCGCCCAACGCGCCGGCGUGUCCUGCUUCAUCUGGUCGACACUACCCUCGUCAGUCGCCAUUUCCAAGGGUGAAGUGUGCUGUGAGAUCUACGAGGGCAAGUACCGCGUCGACCGCUUUAUUCGGGACGAGCUCAAAUUCGACGCCGCCGUGUUUGUCUACACGGGCAACUUUUACGAGAACAUGGUGCUGAGGGGUCAUGUGGUUAAGACGGACGGUGGGAAGGGGCUUGAGUUUCGUCAGCCGAUCAUCCAGGAGGAUACGACCCUCCAUAUGGUCUGGGUCGAAAAGGACCUGGCCGGGGUGGCAAAGGCCGUCUUUGACCACUGGGACCAGCGCAAGGAGCAGCUGAGAUUUCGCUAUCUCUACGCCAUGGAUGCCAUCCACACCCCUCGUGAGAUCUGCGAGGUGAUCCAGCGCGUUACCGGCCUGCCGACGAAAUACGUCGUGCUGCCCACGACCGGCAACGAACAGAGAGACAUCAUGUUCACCCUGUACAACAAGACGGGCACUUACCCGGGGGUGGUGCUGCCGGACCAGAACGUACUCGAUCUUGGGGUGGAACUGCACGGGCUGGAGCAGUUUGUCAAAGAGAGGCUCGUGCCACACUUGGGAUUGGGAUGA